AUGGAGGACAAAAGCCCUGUGGGCGUGUCCAAGGAGGUCGCGGGUUCCCUCUCCUCUCUCCUGGUGCAGCCUAUCUCUCCAGCCCUGGCACAGACUCUACUCUCUGCACCAAUCACGGAGGCCGAAGACUUGUGCGUUCCACUGGCCACGCCCCCAAAUGCAGAGUCCAAGAUUAUCACACUGACAGUUGCAAACCAGUGGGCCUACAAGAAGAUCUACAAUGUCAUUGGAUAUCUGAAAGGGAAGAAGAAUCCAGAUCGAUAUGUGCUUGUGGGCAGUCACCAUGAUGCUAAACAAGGGGGCGGAGCUUCGGCCAUCCUCACUGAGCUCAUUGCAGCCUUAUCGGAGCAGACCAAGAAGGGCUGGUCGCCUGACCGCACUGCUGUGUUCUGCUUUUGGGGAGGAUCCGACCUCGGACACAUUGGCUCCUACGAGUGGGGAAAGAUGUUGGAAGGGUUAGGGAUGAAGAAGGAAGAGGAAGGGGAAGAUGGAAGAAGAAAGAAAAGUGAAGAAGAGGAAAGAAGAAGAAGGAAGAGGAGGAGGAAGAAGAAGGGGAAGAAGAAGAAGAGGAAGAAGGGGAAGAACAGGAAGAAGGGGAAGAACAGGAAGAACAGGAAAAAGGGGAAGAAGAGGAAGAAGAUGAAGAAGGGGAAGAAGGGGGAGAAGGGGAAGAAGAGGAAGAAGGGAAGAAGAGGAAGAAGGGGAAGAAGAAGAAGAGGAAGAAGGGGAAGAACAGGAAGAAGAGGAAGAAGGGGAAGAAGAGGAAGAAGGGGAAGAAGAGGAAGAAGGGAAGAAGAGGAAGAAGGGGAAGAAGGAGAAGAAGAGGAAGGAGGGGAAGAACAGGAAGAAGUGGAAGAACAGGAAGAAGAGGAAGAAGGGGAAGAAGGGGGAGAAGAGGAAGAAGAGGAAGAAGGAGAAGAAGAGGAAGAACAGGAAGAAGAGGAAGAAGGGGAAGAAGAGGAAGAAGGGGAAGAAGAGGAAGAAGGGAAGAAGAGGAAGAAGGGGAAGAAGGAGAAGAAGAGGAAGAAGGGGAAGAACAGGAAGAAGUGGAAGAACAGGAAGAAGAGGAAGAAGGGGAAGAAGGGGGAGAAGAGGAAGAAGAGGAAGAAGGAAAAGAAGAGGAAGAAGGGGAAGAACAGUGCUAAAUGUGUUGUAAAGAAGAAGAAGAAAGAAAAGGGAAGAAGGGGAAAGAAGAAGAAGGAAGAGGAGGAGGUAGAAGGAGGAGGGAGGAAGAGGAAGGGGAAGAAGGAGGAAGAAGGGGAAGAAGGGGAAGAAGAGGAAAAAGGGGUAGAAGGGGAAGAGGGGGAAGAAGGGGAAGAGGGGGAAGAAGGGGAAGAAGAGGAAGAAGAGGAAGAAGGGGAAGAAGAGGAAGAAGGGGAAGAAGUGAAGAAGAUGAAUUAA